CGGAACUUGAACCCCCUCGACAACGCAACCGUGGUACCUCUUGCCAUUAGUGCCAAAGUUUAAUCUCUCUCCUCCAUAUAGCUACUCCAUACAGCAGCAUCUUGCAUUAUUACAUCUCAUCACUUCUCCCUCCCCCCAUCAACUACCGCAACCUCUCUCGGUGGUGUCGCGAGCUCCUGUGAAGCAACUGUCCCGUUCUGCUGCGACGCGACCCCUCCCGUCCGAACCCCCUCGCGCUGACAGCACCCCCGGCCACAGCCUGCUUAUCGGAAUCUCGUUGGGACCGAUUACCGUACCGUAAUAUCGAGGCCCACGCUAGUAAAACAGUGGGGUUAGUGGGUAGCAAUGGCGGAAUGGAUGAUGUAUCGCUAUGCUGGCAGUGCUGCCAAUCCACCUCCCAUACUCCCCAAGACGGCUGAAGCAAAGCAGUGGGACCUGACGACGACCGACGCCCUCGGGAGGACCAUAUCUGCCUCGAGCACCGCUUCGCCUGCUCCCGUUGCAUCCGUGCCCAUGGAUACCGCCCGAGGUUCCAUGUCGAGUGCCUCGACGCAAAGUGUAAAGGACGAUGGCGCCGUGCUUUCGAAUCCCAUUGUCCUGCGUCAUGGACGACGAUACCUCCGAGACCUUCCGUACCCCCUCCCAUGCGACCUUCCAGAGCUUCAAAGGCAGAACCUGCACACGCUGCUAGUCGCCUCGAUAUUCGGUCGACCCUUGGGGUCCACCCCAUCGCCCCAGAACCCGCCCAAGAAGGUACUCGAAAUCGCAUGUGGCAGCGCAUAUUGGUCGUCACUGUGCCAUGCGUACCUUACCGACCUGGGCUAUGAGGAUGUGUCCUUUACUGGGCUGGACAUUGUCCCAUUGGCAGCCGAUCUGCGGCUACAAGGAAUUGACUGGAGAUUUGUACAGCAUGAUCUGCGCAAGAUCCCUUUACCCUUCGACGACGACGAAUUCGACAUCGUGGUAAUGAAGGACCUGAGCAUGGUUGUCCCAAAUGGCGCACCGACACAGGCUGUGCUUGACGAGGCGAUGCGAGUGUUGAAGUCGGGAGGGACACUGGAAAUAUGGGAGACUGAUCAUCUAAUCCGGUCGAUCCUCCCUCAUCCUCCGCCGCCCCCGGGGAAGAAUCCGACCGAAUACGCCUGCGCCGUGUCAACUGGAACCUUCCUGAUCUCCCCCAUCACCCCCUUCGCCGACGUGCAGAACAAGUACCUACAAGACUCCAACAUGUGGAUCCAAGAAGCCCUAGACAAGCGGAAGCUUUGCACAACACCCUGCGCUCGUAUAUCACAAAUGCUGCUACAAGAGACGGAGACGCUUUGUGAUGUCGAGAACCGAAGGGUGGCUAUCCCGCUCGGAGAGCUUCGCUGGGAACGCGACGGGGCGGCAGAUAGGCACCCGUCAAAACGCCGCGGGAGCCAGACUGGUAAGACCAGGAAGACUGAAGGUUCCAGUCUGAACGAAGAGCAGGCAGCGCUCCGAUAUACCGCGCUUCUGGUCGUCAUACAAAUGAUUGAGAGUCUGGAACCAUUGCUGAAGGAAGUCAGCGGGAAGAACCAGGAGGAGUGGCAGCGCUGGUGGGGUUCGAUGAUGACCAAUCUCCUAGAACAGAAAGGCGCGUCUAGUGGGGAGUGUCUAGAGGCUGGGGUCUGGUGGUGCCGCAAAGUAUGAGCUCGGGAUACCCACGUUUGUUUUUGAUUGAUACCCGAAACUGGUCGAAAGAAUACGUUAAUCGACCUCGACUCCGGCGGCUAGGGCCACUAGACUGCUUGGGUUCUGAGGAUUGUGAUGUGACCGGGUCGUGCACUCCGACCGCUAACAAUCAA